UGAGAUAAGUUUGACUACUCCAACACCCGGGAGGACCCAAACCAGUGGUUCUUUAGCAUUUAGAUCUUAGAAGUCUUGUACCUCAUCGCCUAUUUGAGGGCAGUAAAAGAAAAGGUCUCCAGGGCCUAUCUGUGUAGCUGAAAAACAUGCUGGAGUUUCCUGUGUUACAGCUUCAAUGGACGACAUACAAUUUGAGGAGACAGCUAGAGUUGGACAAGUUAUAAGCAUCAAAGCCAAAGUAACUAGAGCAUUCAGCACAAGCAUGGAGAUCAGCGUCAAGGUCAUAGUUCAGGAUACGUUCGCCGGCACUGAGAAACUUGUUAGUGUGGCCUUCUCGACAUUUAUAGCUAAACCAGUCGGAAAUGAAAGGAUUCAUUUAAAACCAGUCAGUCUUCUGACUGAACAAGAUCGUGUGGAACAUAGCCUGGCUUCUGAGAGAAGGAAAAUUAGAUUGCAACAUGAAGAGACUUUUAAAAACUUGAUGAAGGAAAGGAGCAAAUCUGAUGAUGCCAUUGGUGAUGGAGAGGAAGGAACAGUCUCCACAAAGAGCACCUCAGUGCAGAGCAUUGAACUCGUCCUCCCACCCCACGCAAACCAUCACGGAAAUACGUUUGGCGGCCAGAUUAUGGCGUGGAUGGAGACAGUGGCGAAUAUUUCUGCAAGCCGCCUCUGUCAGGCACACCCCUUUCUGAAGUCGGUGGACAUGUUUAAGUUCCGGGGGCCCUCUACGGUUGGGGAUCGUCUCGUCUUCAGUGCGAUUGUCAACAACACAUUUGAGACCUGUGUGGAAGUGGGAGUGCGUGUGGAGGCCUUUGACUGCCAGGAGUGGGCUAAGGACCAAGGCCGCCACAUCAACAGUGCUUUCCUCAUUUACGGUGCUGUGGAUGACAAGCAAGAAUUGGUUACAUUUCCGAGAAUCAAACCCGUGUCAAAGGAUGAUUUUAGACGAUACUAUGGAGCCCUGGCACGCAAGAGAAUUCGUUUAGGCAGAAAAUACAUUAUUUCCCACAAAAAAGAGGUUCCACUUCGUGUCCACUGGAACAUAAACAACCAGGUCUCCCUAAGUGAUGGCAACGUGGAGGCUCUCCAGAAGCUGGCAGCCAAAAGCGGUUGGGAGAUCACCAGUGCUAGUGAAAAGAUAAAAAUCUAUACUCUGGAAGAGCCCGAUAUUUUAUCGGUCUGGGUUGAGAAGCACGUGGCGAGACCAGCACACCUGGCGUAUCAUCUCUUGUCAGACUUUACCCUCAGACCUUUGUGGGACCCUCACUAUGUGUCUUGCCAGAUCAUUGACUGGGUCAGUGAGGAUGAUCAGAUAUAUUAUAUCACGUGUCCGGUAGUGAAUAAUGACAAACCCAAAGAUUUGGUAGUGCUUGUAUCACGAAGAAGUUCUUGCAAAGAUGGCAGCACCUUCACAGUGGCAAUGAAGUCGGUUCUUCUGGCAUCAGUCCCCUCUUCUCCUCAGUACAUCAGAAGUGAAAUUACUUGUGCUGGCUUUGUCAUCCACGCUGUGAGCAGCAAUUCAUGCAUUGUAUCUUAUUUUAACCAGAUUUCAGACAGUAUCCUUCCUUACUUUGCCGGAAACCUGGGUGGCUGGUCAAAGUCUAUUGAAGACGCAGCAGCCUCGUGUAUACAAUUCAUCGAGAAUACCAUGGAUGAUGGGCUCACAAGAACAUCUUAAAUGCUACAAAGUUGCAGACACUACCAUGAUGCCAUCCUGACUUUCCUGGGCAGACGACCUCACCAGUGUGUCCUGGAACUUCACCUCUCCAAGAGCCCUAACUCACUAGGGAAAGAGAAAGAGACAGACUGGGGUUAUGGAUCCACCUGCCAAUGUCCAUGUCCAGCGAAGAAGUAAAUACAGGGCUAUGCGGUGGUAUACCUGAUUGAGUGCGUACACUAUGGUGUGCAAAGACCUGGGUUCAAGCCCCGAGUCCCUACCUGCAGGGGGAAAAUUUCACAAGUGAAGAAACAGGGCUGCAGGUGUCUCUCUGUCUCUCUUCCUAUCUCCCCCUCCUCUCUCAAUUUAUUGCUGCUCUAGCCAAUAAAUAAAUAAAGAUAAUUUAAAUUAAAAUAAAAGAGAAGCAAUUACAGAAGCCAGACCUUCCACCUCCUAUACCCCAUAAAGAAUUUUGGUCCAUACUCCCAGAGGGAUAAAGAAUACGGAAGCUUCCAAUGGAGGGGAUAAGACACUGAACUCUGGUGAUGGGAACUGUAUGGAAUUGUACCUCUGUUAUCUUGCAAUCUUGUUACUCAUUAUUAAAUCACUAAUAAAAAAUUAAAAAUAAAA